AUGGGGGGUGGGUUUGUUUGUGUGGUUUUGAUUGUGAUGGGGGGGUUGGUUUGGGGGGGGGUGGGGGGUGAAUUUGGGGGGUGUGGUUGGUGUGGAUUGGGUGUUGUGGGGUAUGGUUUUUUAGGUGUUGUUUGUGGGGGUUGUGUGGGUUUGGUUUGUGGGGGUAGGGGGUGGUGUGUGUGGGUAGUGUGUGUAGUGGGAGAGGGUUGGUGGGGAGUGUUGGGGGUGGGGGGUUGGGGGGGGGGGGGUGGGGUGGUUGGGUGUGGGGGGGGGGGUAGGGGGGGGGGGGAUUUAGUUGUGGUGGUGUGGGUUGGGUUUUGGGGUGGGUGGGGUGUUGUGUGUGGGGGGGUGGGGGGGGGGGGGGUGUGUUAUAUUGGGGGUGGGUUUGUGGUGGUAGGUGGGUGGGGUGGUUGGGUGGGGUUGGUUUAUGGGGGGGGGUUGUGGGGGGUUUAUUGUUGUAUGGUGGGGGGUGGUGGGUUUGGGGGUGUGUGGGUGGGGGGGGGGGGUGGGAUGGUUAGGGGUUGGGUUUCGGGGUUUGUGAGUUUUGUGUGGGGGGGGGAGGGGGGGGGGUUGGUGAUGGUAUGUGGAUUUGGUUUUUGGGGGUGGGGUUGUAUGUUGAAGUGGGAUAAAUUGGAAGUGGGGGUGUGGGUAGUGGUGGGGUGGGGUUUGUGUGAUUUUUUGGGGGUUGGGGUGAGGGGUGGGGGGGUUGUGUGUGGUAGGGUGGUGGUUGUGGUGUUGGGGGGGUUGGGUUGUUGGGUGUGGUGGGUUGUUGGUUUUUUGGGGGGGGGGAUUAGGUGUGGUUGGGGUGUGGUUUUGGGGUGGGUGGUUUUGAUUGUGGUUGGGGGUAUUGUUGUGUUGGGGGGAUGGGGGUGGGUGGGGGGGGGUGGGGUGUUUGUGGGGUUGGGGUGUGGGGUGUUGGUUUGGUUUGGUUGGUUGGGGGGUUGGUUUGGGUGUGGGGUGAUGUUGUUGGGAGUUUUUAUUGGGGUUUGCAAGUGGGUGGAUUUUUGGGGGUGUGGUUUGUGGGUGGGUAGUGGUUUAGGGGGGGGGGGUGGGUGGGGGGUAAAGUUAGGUGGGUGUGUUAUAUUUUGUGGUUUGGUGGGGGAGUGUGAGUGGGGUUUGGUGGUGGGGGUGUAUUUGGAUAAUGAUGGGGAUAUGUAG